UGACAGGCGGCCGCCAUAUUGGGUCUGACACCGAGAAGAAACAACAACAGCGGAUGUACCGUGAACUGGGUUGGACUGUUUUUGUUAGUAUUAGAAAAGAUAAAAAGAGAAGACAUAGCUGGAAUUUACGACUGAAGACAACUUGAGUAUUUUCUUUCUCCAGUCGAAAAGAAAACUGUUCGCGACUUCGGACUAGAAUUUAACAGAGUUAAGGCAUGGCCUCACGAAAGAAGGUGCUUUUAAAAGUAAUCAUUCUUGGUGAUUCAGGUGUAGGAAAAACGUCACUAAUGAACCAGUAUGUAAAUAAGAAGUUCAGCAACCAGUACAAAGCCACCAUUGGAGCAGACUUUCUGACUAAAGAAGUAAUGGUCGAUGACAGGCUUGUAACAAUGCAGAUUUGGGAUACUGCUGGACAGGAGCGGUUUCAGUCUCUUGGAGUAGCAUUUUAUCGUGGAGCUGAUUGUUGUGUAUUAGUCUUUGAUGUGACUACUCCUAAUACAUUCAAAACACUGGACAGCUGGAGAGAUGAGUUCCUUAUCCAAGCCAGUCCCCGCGAUCCAGAAAACUUUCCAUUUGUUGUGCUUGGAAAUAAGAUUGAUUUAGAAAACCGACUGGUGACUACCAAAAGGGCACAGGGUUGGUGCCAGAGCAAAAAUAACAUACCAUAUUUUGAAACCAGUGCCAAGGAGGCAAUUAAUGUUGAGCAGGCUUUCCAGACUAUUGCCCGCAAUGCUCUCAAACAGGAAUCAGAAGUGGAUUCGUAUGAUUUUCCUGACCAAAUCAAGUUGGACAGAAAUGAUAAACCACAAGCUGCCGAAGGUGGAUGCAGCUGUUGAAGAGUAAACGUUUGCUGGCAGAUGGACCGAUGGAUGAUGGGGAGAGAGAGAGUAAUACUGUUAACACUGAAAGGCUGGGGAGAGAAAAACAUCAACCCUUUGGAAAGGAUGGGUGGGUGGGGGGUCGGGGAGCAAGCUGAAAAUGGAGAGGAAGAUCCUUUAAAUUACAAAAAUACUAAAAAUGAAGAUACUAUGGACCAAUAACUGUGGACAGGUUGGACUUUAGACAAGCUGAAUCUUCUGAACUCUUCCUACUUUUUUCAGUUAUUCUCACAGUAGCUCUUGCACUUGUUACUCUGUCAUGGGGUCUAUUUGAGCAUUGGAGUUUAAUUUCAGGAAACUGCCUUAAUAGCAUUUUCAUAACACUGCAUUAUCUUUCACUGGAGAUUCAUUUAGCUCUCUGCAGAAGGCCUGGAGCACAUUUUUCAGGAAACAACCAAGUACAGGUGUUUUUGUGUGUGUGUGUGCAGAAAUUUAGUGAAGCUAUAGGACUCACCAGUGAAUUUAACAUUUAUUAACCCAAAAUACAAAUGCAGUUUUACGUGAAAGUAAAAAUCCAACGUUUAGAUGUGGCACUCAGGGUAGUAACACUAAGCAAUUAAUUCUCUGAAGGGCAUGGCGUCCUGUAGUUUAUUGAAAAUCAAUAUUCCAGUCAGCAGUGAAAUUUUGUUGCCAAGGAAGUACCACCCUGUUGUAUUAUACACAAGAUGCCAAAGCCCUUUUUACUAUUAGGGAUAUGUGCAGAAUUAGGAAUUCUGAAUGUAGCAUCUUUCAUUUGGAAGAGGGAGAACAUGGUGUGUAUCUAAAUAUGACCCACCCAGUGGAUAUAAAUAGGAUGUUACAAUAUCAGUAAUUUUUUUUUGUCUCUUAAGAAAGAAUUUCAGCAUUGGUUUCAAUGAGAUAUUUGAACAGUCUGUAAAUUCUGUACACAUCUCUGCUAGUUUAUCAGUCUUUAAUUAUAUGAUAAGUAGGGGCUGGCUGUUUUUAUUUAUGUAACGUACCAAUAAAAUUGUGAUGCUAAUAA